AUGCCUCUUCUGGAAGAGACCGCUCUGCCACAAGAGCACCCACCCACUGUCCCUGUGGUCAUCAUAGGCAACGGGCCAUCAGGUAUUUGUCUGUCCUACCUGCUGAGUGGAUACAAGCCCUACCUAGAUACAACAGCUGUUCACCCAAACCCGAUACUUUACAGGAAGCUGCAGGAAACCAAGCACCUACCCAUCACUGAACAGGAUUUGGAAUAUUUGAGUGAAGGUCUCGAGGGGAGGUCAAGGAACCCUGUGGCUGUGCUUUUUGACACACUACUGCACCCUAAUGCUGACUUUGGCUACGAGUUCCCCCCUGUCCUUCAGUGGAGGAGAGACAAGCAACAACACAUCCCACAUCUGGUGCUGGGGAGGGCAACACCUGGAGGUGCUUGGCAUGCAAUGGAAGGCUCCAUGCUGACUAUUAGUCUUGGCAUCUGGAUGGAGCUUCCCGGGGUUAACUACAGAGACUUGACCAAUGGGAAACGCAGGGAUGUAACCAGUGACAGAGCCACCCCAGAAGAGAUCUCAUCCUAUUAUCGUAACUAUGUGAAGCUAAAGGGCCUCCAAAAGAAUUUUGUUGACAACACCUAUGUGACCUCUGUUCAGAAACUCUGCCGGGGGCACAAGGGGGAAGGUCUGGAAAAUGGGCACACUGAUCAAGGAGAUGGAGAGGUGGGAAAUGGUGGUAAUGGAGGGUUUGAGGGGAAUGGAGUUGAGUGUCUAAACAGUGGAGGAGGGGGGGCUCUCUGGGAAGUAAGGGGAUACCAGCAGGUGCAGAACGACACUCAUGUCCCCUUCUCUCUGUUUGCUGAGAAUGUGGUUCUGGCCACUGGUGCGUCCGAUUCACCGGUUCGAUUAGGUGUAGAGGGGGAGGACCUACCGUUUGUAUUUCACAGCAUCUCAGACCUGGGUUUGGCCUUAAGCCGGAGAAAACUGGAUAUGAACUCUGAUCCGGUUUUAAUCGUAGGUGCCGGUUUAAGCGCUGCAGAUGCCGUUCUGUGUGCUUGUAACAGCAACAUUAGAGUGCUGCAUGUCUUUCGUAAGAACGUAGAUGACCCAGACCUCAUCUUCAAACAGCUGCCCAAGACCCUGUACCCAGAGUAUCACAAAGUCUACAACAUGAUGUGCUCUCAGACCUAUAAUGCCAGUGUCGGCCUGUUUCCCGACUACACCAGUUUCUCCGAACACUGCGUGGUGUCCUUCCAGUCUGACAUGAAGUGUUUGCUGCAAGGGAACAACUCCCUCAAGGCAUUCAAGAUCUCAAUGGCCCUAGUCCUGAUCGGGACAAACCCAAACUUGUUUUUCUUGAAAGGGCAGGGCCAGUACCUGGGUCAGGAUCCAACAAAACCUGUCUCCUGCAAGCAGAACCCCAUUGACAUCCAUCCCUACACUUUUGAGUGUACCAAGGAGCCAGGUCUGUUUGCCAUGGGCCCGCUGGUGGGAGACAACUUUGUUCGCUUUUUGAAGGGUGGUGCGUUAGGCAUCGCAUCCUGUCUGCUGAAGAGACUCAAGAAGAAAGGGAAGCUCAUCAGCAAUGGAGGGAAUAACUUCAUUUGAAACCAUGAUGGAGAGAAGAGCUG